ACGGAAACGGAGAUUCUUUCACCGGAAGAAUCUUGGUACUGCAUACGCUGUAAAAAGCACCAACAAGCUAGCAAAUCUCUUAUGCUAUGGAAAUUGCCUCCCAUUCUCAUCAUCCAGAUGAAACGCUUUCAAAUAAUUUUCAGCCCUGACCGUUCUACUGUAACACGUUUAAUUGCCUCAUGUUUAAGGAAUCUUGAUUUACGGCCGUAUGUUUGUGCGGGGGCUCCUGCACAGGAGACCAGAUAUGAUUUGUAUGCGGUUGUUUGCCACUCUGGAAGCACUUAUUUUGGUCAUUACAUUGCGCUCGCUCCAUUAUUUUUCCCUUUAGACUGGCGACGUUUCAACGAUUCCAACGUCGUGAACAUUCAAAGGGAAAGCGAAGUUGUCGACAGUGAAGCUUACCUUCUAUUUUACAGGCGCAAGGACUGCGCUUCUUUAAAUCUGUCCGAAAAGUACAAGGCACUGCAGUAA